CGUCGGUGUCCCGGAGUCCGCGGGCCGCCGCCGCUCGGCCGCGGCCGCAGCUCCACUAUGAGCUUCCUCAGCCGGCAGCAGCCGCCGCCUUCCCGCCGCGCGGGGGCCGCCUGCAGCUUGCGGCAGAAGCUGAUCUUCUCGCCGUGCAGCGACUGUGAGGAAGAGGAGGAGGAGGAGGAGGAAGAGGGUAGCGGCCACAGCACCGGCGAGGACUCGGCCUUCCAGGAGCCCGACUCGCCGCUGCCGCCGGCGAGGAGCCCCACGGAGCCCGGGCUCGAGAGCCGCCGCUCGCCCGGCCCGGCGCCCGGCAGCCCCGGGGACCUGGAGGAGGAGGACAUGCUGCUGGAGGGCACCAGCCCGGGCGCCGGCGCGGACGGGGCAGGCGGUGGCACGGAGGGCGACUCGUGGGAGGAGGAGGGCUUCGGCUCCUCGUCGCCGGUCAAAUCUCCUGCCGCCGCCUACUUCUUGGGCAGCGCCUUCUCCCCGGUGCGCUGCGGAGGGCGGGCGGGCGAAGGGCCCCACUCUCCGCGGCCGGAGCAGCCGGGCACCCCGCCGCACAAGACCUUCCGCAAGCUGCGGCUCUUCGACACCCCGCACACGCCCAAGAGUUUGCUUUCCAAAGCUCGAGGAAUUGAUUCCAGCUCUGUUAAACUCCGGGGUUCUCUUUUCAUGGACACAGAAAAAUCUGGAAAAAGAGAGUAUGACAUCCGACAUACUCCUCAAGUGAAUAUCAAUCCUUUUACCCCGGAUUCUGUGUUGCUCCAUUCCUCAGGACAGUGUCGAGGAAGAAAAAGAGCGUAUUGGAAUGAAAUUACAAUUACUGAAAGCAAUAUGAAGUCACGAUAUACAACAGAAUUUCAUGAACUAGAGAAAAUUGGCUCUGGAGAAUUUGGUUCUGUAUUUAAGUGUGUGAAGAGGCUGGAUGGAUGCAUUUAUGCCAUUAAGCGAUCAAAAAAGCCAUUGGCUGGUUCUGUUGAUGAGCAGAAUGCUUUGAGGGAAGUGUAUGCUCAUGCAGUGCUUGGACAGCAUUCUCAUGUGGUACGCUAUUAUUCUGCCUGGGCAGAAGAUGAUCAUAUGCUUAUACAGAAUGAGUAUUGUAAUGGUGGAAGUUUAGCUGAUGCUAUAAGUGAAAACUACAGAAUCAUGAGUUACUUUAAAGAACUAGAGUUGAAGGAUCUUCUUUUGCAAGUUGGCCGGGGUUUAAGAUACAUUCAUUCAAUGUCUUUGGUUCACAUGGAUAUAAAACCUAGUAAUAUUUUCAUAUCGCGAACUUCCAUCCCGAAUCCUGCCUCUGAAGAAGGAGAUGAGGAUGACUGGGUAUCGAACAGAGUUGUGUUUAAAAUAGGUGAUCUUGGACAUGUAACAAGAAUCUCUAGUCCACAAGUUGAAGAAGGUGAUAGUCGUUUUCUUGCAAAUGAAGUUUUACAAGAGAGUUACACCCACCUACCAAAAGCGGAUAUUUUUGCCCUUGCCCUCACGGUGGUUUGUGCUGCUGGUGCUGAACCUCUUCCCAGAAAUGGAGACCAGUGGCAUGAAAUCAGGCAGGGCCGAUUGCCUCGGAUUCCACAAGUGCUUUCCCAGGAAUUGACAGACUUGCUAAAAGUUAUGAUUCAUCCAGAUCCAGAGAGAAGACCAUCAUCAAUGGCCCUGGUAAAGCAUUCAGUAUUAUUGUCUGCAUCUAGAAAGAGUGCUGAGCAAUUACGAAUAGAGUUGAAUGCUGAAAAGUUCAAAAAUUCACUUUUGCAAAAAGAACUCAAGAAAGCUCAGAUGGCAAAAGCUGCAGCUGAGGAAAGAGCGCUCUUCACUGACCGGAUGGCCACAAGAUCCACCACCCAGAGUAAUAGAACCUCUCGACUUAUUGGGAAGAAAAUGAAUCGCUCUGUCAGCCUUACUAUAUACUGAACUCAUUUCCCUCCUUCCCCAAAAAACUGUGACAGGAGCAAGCUAGGUUGAAAUCACUGCUAGAGUCUACUUUGCAAUUAAUUUCUUGAUUGGUACUUAAGUACCUUUUAGGAUUUUUAUUUGUGAAUUACAGUUGGAGGCUCUAUUUUGACCAUUGCUAUAUCAGGCUUUGUUUAGUCUUACCAGUCUGUCUUCUCUAGGAUGUCAGUCACUGUUGGACGUUACACCAAGCCUUUGCAGGGUUAACCACUAUGGUGGUGUGCUGCUUACAGUUUGUUUGUUGCAUUGUAAUAAAAGGUGUCUUUCCCUGUAGUGAUCUGUAUAGAGGACUCAAGGGCUUUAUUACAGACAUACUCUCCCUUCAAAAUGGGAAAUGCUGAAAGACUUAGUACUACUUGGCCUCUGACGCACCUUUGUGUUGAUCUUUUUUUUUUUGAAUUGUGAAUUGUACUUGUAUAUCCAACUGGGAGCACUUUGUAGGCAUUGCAUGAACCAUAGAACAAUUCUGUGGAAGUUUUGCCUUGUGGAUUUGCUGCUAUUUUAGUUUUGUCCUUGCUGUAAAGUUGUAGCAUUAAACAAUCAUCAUUGUUAAUAGGCUUUCUUUUGAAACAAUUAUGUGAAAUAUAUAGCUGCUCUUUGAUGAAAAGCAGCUAUUUGCCCUUUUUUAAAACUCUUUGAAGCUAGUGCAUUGAAAAAAUGCACCUGUUCUCUUUUGGAAUGCUGUAUUAAUGUAGUAUAAUUAUUACUGGUUUUGUAAUUUUCUUUCUGAUAAUGUCCUUGACUCUUUAAAAUGUCUUCUUCCUCCUAAGUUUUGUACUUGAUUGUAUGGAUGGUCUGUUUUUAAAUAUUUUGCCUGAUUUCAUUAUUUUUGUAUAUAAACUGAUCUUUGUAAUACUGUACAGAGCUGUUUGAAAUGCCAGAAUGACUUCUGAUUCCAGGUUUUUCAAGAUAAGUUUUAUCUGUUAUUAGCCAUUUGACUGAUAAUAUUGGCUAAUAUAUUUUGAAGAAAAAAAAAUUU